AUGAGCAAGAACAGCGACUCGGACCAGGACCAAGACGUCGUCUCGGAGGCAGCGGCGGGGAAGGCCCCUGCUCUGGUGGCCGUCGAGCCCCGUCCCGUCGAGCCCCGUCCCGUCGACAGCCACUCCCGCGGCUUGGUAUCUGGGCAUCAUCACCCGAACGGCAGCGGCAGCGGCAACGGUCUCGAAGAUGGCAUUAAUGAGUCUGAUGUGGACGACCACGGCGGCGAUCUCGUCACGGCGGCAGAGCUGCACGAUCUUAAGCGGGGGCUGACAGAGCGUCAUCUGGGCAUGCUCGGCAUCGCUGGGGCCAUUGGGACCGGUCUAUUCCUCAGUCUCGGCGGCGCCAUCCAAACCGGCGGCCCCCUCGGUGCUCUGCUUGGAUAUGCGAUGGUCGGUGGCAUCGUCUGCUCUGUCCAGUUUGCCCUGGGCGAAGUGACAGCUCUGUUACCGGUCACGGGGAGUUUCGUCAGACAUGCUGGAUUCCUGGUAGAUCCAGCCCUGGAAUUUGCCAUCGGAUGGAAUCUCGUCUAUGGAAAUCUUCUCAGCAUUCCCUCUGAGAUCACGGCCAUCUGCGUGCUCUUCCAGUUCUGGACUGACAUCAACAGCGCCCUCUGGAUCGUUAUUUUCAUCAUCGUGACUGUCGUCGUGGGCGUUGCAUUUGUUCGGAUCUUCGGUGAGGUCGAGUUCUUCUUCGCCGUCCUCAAGAUCCUCCUGGUCGUGUUUCUCAUCAUCCUCGGUCUGGUGAUUGACCUCGGUGGCAUCCCGGGAACACCUCGCAUCGGCUUCAAGUACUGGCAGAACCCCGGACCAUUUGUCGAGUACAUCGGAACUGGCGACUGGGGGAAAUUUCUCGGCUUCUGGGGCGUCAUGACCUCCGCCGUAUUCUCCUUCGCGGGAGUUGAGUCUAUUGCUAUGGCAGCAGCUGAGACCCAGAGCCCACGCCGAGCAAUCCCUCGCGCCUGCAGACAGGUCUUCGCCCGAGUUCUGUUAUUCUACAUGCUUGCGGUGCUCGUUGUGGGAAUGCUGGUCCCCAGCAACGACCCGCGCUUGGGCGAUGAAAGCGGUACUGCAGCACAGAGCCCCUUCGUUAUCGCUGCCAGUGCCGCUGGCAUCAAGGCAAUUCCCAGCGUCGUCAAUGCCAUCGUCAUCACGAGCGCAUGGAGCGCAAGCAAUCAGUCGCUCAUGGCUGGUACGAGAGUCUUGUACGGUCUCGCGCUCAAGGGUCAAGCCCCCAAGAUCUUCUUGCGGACUACGUCGUGGGGAACGCCCUACAUGUGUGUCGCCUUGUUCACGCUCUUCAUGUUCCUCAGCUUCCUGACGCUGAGCAACAACGCCAUGACAGUCUUCUGGUGGCUUGUCGACCUCACUGCCGCGGGCGUGCUAGUCAGUUGGUGCACAAUCCUGCUGAAUCAUCUCCGCUUGAAGCUGGCGAUGAAGAAACAGGGGAUCCCCGUCGCGAGAUUGCCGUGGCAUAACUCCUGGACAUUUUACAGUUCUUGUGUCUCAUUGUGCUUGUGCAUAAUUAUCCUCCUAACGAACGGGUUCAGCUGUUUCACCAAGGGCAAUUGGGACCCUGAGACCUUCGUGUCAUCUUACUUGGAUAUUCCUCUUGUCAUCUCCGCAUUUUUGAUUUGGAAAUUCUAUAAGAAGACCAAAUUCUACUCCUUGGACGAGAUACCCAUUUUGGAUGCAUUGAGGCAGGCUGAUAUAGAAGAAGCGGCUAGAAUUCAGAGAUACCAUGACUAG